AUGGCUUCUUCUUCUCAGAAUUGGGUUGUAGGGUUACUUCUUUUUUUGAUCAUUUUCUUGGAAUUGAGUGCCAUCACUUUUGGUGAUGAUAAGCUUGAAGAGUCAAAGUUGGUUAAUAAUAAUGGUUGCAGAUAUGGUAGGAGAGGUUGUGGUGGACGUGGCGGAAGGGGUGUACGUAGUCCAGGAACUGGAAGGAGAGUUCGAGGAGGUGGUGGAGGAGGAGGUGGUGGUGGUGGUGGUGGAGGUGGAGGAGGGGCAGGUCAUGGUAGUGGAUUCGGAGCAGGAUUUGGAACAGGAGGUGGUGGUGGAGGUGGUGGUGGUGGGGGAGGUACUGGAAAUGGUUAUGGAUAUGGUGGAGGAUUUGGAGCUGGAGGUGGUGCUGGAGGAGGAGGAGGUGGUGGUGGAGGAGGAGGAGGAGGAGGAUCAGGCUAUGGUAGUGGUUUUGGCGCGGGUGGAGGAUUUGGAGGAUUGGGAGGCCGGGGAAUAGGAGGUGCAGGUGCAAGUGCUGGAGGAAUUGGAGGCGGAUUUGGAAUGGGAAUUGGUGUAGGAGCUGGAGUUGGAACUGGAGUUGGUCAAGGUAUUGGAGUAGGGAGCGGGUUUGGUAAUGGUGGUGGUGGUAAUGGCCGAACAUAA